CUCAAUUCAUAAUCGAUCGUUAACGUGACGAAUCAUAAAGAUCUCCUAAUCUGGGUGUUUGCUUAUUUUUGUGCUCUUCUGUUUCCGUCGUUCUUAUUUUCUGUUUAAAAAUUCAAUUUCGUCAACUGACUCGAGAAAGCAAGCGCCACGAACGUCUUAACGUCCAAUUUUCGUUGUGUUCCGAAUCCUCUUUCGUAUGUUUGGAAAUGAAACAAAAAGUGGAUCGAUGACUAUUCAUGCUCUACUUUGAAAAAUCAUUUUUUCAAGCCAGCGUUUCGCCAAAUAACAUUUGAAUCCUGAUCUCAGUGGCUGAGCAGCGGUUGAUAAAGCAGCGAUGAUGAAACUAAAUAUUUGGACAAAGAAUGUCUGUACGAAGGUCAAUGAAAUACAUAGGUACACGCCGGACUUGUUCUACAAAUGUCACUGGCAGAGGAAGAAAGGAGUAAAUCCGUUUUACCUCAUUUAUCGACAAUGCGUGGCUUGUCUCUUCGUGGUGAUAUGCAUUCUAUCUUUCUACCGGCCCGAAGACAGGGAGAGACACAAAAUCCAGUACUUCAAAUGGUUCAUCUACCUCACCAACUGGGGAUUCUUCACAUGUACCGUCCAAAGCAUCCUCGGCGCAUACAUCACCAUGAAACGCUACCUCGAGUUGCGAAAAAAACCAGAUUUAGAAGAUGAGGACGUUAAAAUGUCUCGGUUGUACAAAACAUAUUGGAUUGUCCACAACGCGUCGGUGCCGACUGCUUUCGCUAUCACAGCUAUCUAUUGGGCUGCUGUAUAUGAUCCUAAAAUUGACCCUCUGACGGUGAUGACUUUCUUGGUGCAUGGUGUGAAUUCGGCGCUGAUGUUCCUUGACAUUCUUCUAGUGGCCCACCCCUUCAGGCUGGCUGACUUUUGCUAUCCUUUCUUCUUCGUCGUCCUUUACAUAUUCUUUUCUAUCGUGUAUUAUCUCACCGGAGGAACUGACAGGUUGCACCGACGGUACAUCUACAAUAUUUUGAACUGGCAGUACCCUGUCAAAAGUGUAAUGGUGGUCUCAAUCACGACGGCAUUUCUGUUCCUCCUCCACGUCCUGACGUGGCUUCUCUCGCUCUACAAAUUCCACGUCAAGCCGCCCAAAGUUCCGGAAACCCUGCCGACGCAUAACGAGGUGGAGUUGCCGCCAGAGGGAGCCACAGUCGUCGACGAUGCUAGCGCUACGCCAACCAAGGUUGAUCAAAGUGCAGACUGAACUCAACUAGAGUUUUGUCGAAGUUAGAGUACUUUUGAAGAGAAAGUAUGGACUCUGGAUUCCAUGGAGACCUUUAGGAUCCAGAAAAAUGGUGGCAAUACUGGAGGAGGGGGGAGGCUUUGUUGUGACGACUGUUAAAACAACUUUUAAGAAUCUUGUAAAUUUAAAAAUUCAAGUCUUUAAAAAGCUGCAAUUUGUGAGGUGGUAAUAUGUAUGUUUUAGAAGACU